AUGUUCUCUGGAGAAAAGCUAGAGCUAAUAUGACUCCAAGAGAUGUUAUUUAGUGUGUAACUUUGGAUUAAAUGUCAGAGCACAGAGCCUGUUGAAGUUAAUUUGGCUUUGGAGUUAGUUAGCUCCAUAGUUAGCCCUCAGGUUAGCGGUGUUGAUUUUUGUGUUUCUGAGUUCAUACGCGGCAAAUUUAAUAAUCACAGCUUGUCUUUCCACCAAUGUUUUUUAAACAAUUCAGUUAGUUCCUCUUUUAACCAUGACUUACUUUUUUUCUAGUUGAUGGGCAAAUGUGUGGGUGUGUUGGACUUUAUACUUUGUGGAUGUACAUCAAUGCACAAUUUCUUAGCCGCCAGUCCAAAACAUCACAUGACGUAUAGAAUCACGGGAAAGAGGCAACCGUACUUUCCUUAAGUCAGACAGACCCAGCGACGUCUCACCUCCUGCCACACGGACUCAGGGGAAGCCGGAGUACUCGCACAUUGAAUCUGCUGCAAGAAACUUACUCACUCUUUUGCAGUCAGUCAGUCCAGGCCAGGGCCAUGUUCCAGCCCAGAACCAGAACGCGAACCAGGUUCUAAAUCAGGGCCAGACUCACAGCCAGGAGCCUAGUCAGGAACCCAGAGGGAGACAGGCCAAUGUGCAGCAGGAGAUGGCAAAGUCUUUUCCAGGUCUAUUCAGAAGAGACAGGAUAAGUGGUAAAAGGAGAUUUCCUACACCACUUAGACAUGUUUCAGCACCAACAACCAAGACCAUCAACGUCCAGUUUUAUUUGCUCCCAAGACCCAUGACAAGAACACCUGACGGUUCUCAUGAGCUAAAGCUUUUGAUGGCAGGUUUAGGUAAACGCCUAAUAGCUUUACAAGAACACAGCAACCAUGUAGAGAUCACAACAGCACUUUUGGCAGAAUACCCCAAAAUGGGCACUUUGUCUGGUGGAUGGCUGUUUUAUAAGGCAUCGGGAGGCUCUGGCCAGAGAAAACUUGCUGUGAUCCCACCUGAGUCUGAAGGCUACAAUGCAAAGCUUCUUAAAUCAACAUCUAAUAAUGGAAGACACACAAUUUUCAUUGUUCCACUACAAGAUGAAAUUGACACUGUGCCACUUCUUGCUGAUGCUCCUGAGUUCAGCAAAAUGCCCAAAUCUCAAUGCAAGACCUGUGGGGAAAUUUUACCACUGCAGGCUCUUGCAUUGCAUUUAGACUCUUGUAGCAAGUCAAGUGACCACACGGAACAAGAAAGCGAUGAGGGCGCUACUGACCAACAUGAAGAGGAUUUAUCUCUCAUAUCCAGUGGACACAGUAUGUCUUCCCCAGUCAACCCUGAGAAAAUCUGUCCAGUAUGCCAACAAGAGUACCCUGCAGAUUGCAUUGAGAUGCAUGCCAGUAGCUGUGGUGACAGGCAAUACCCUUUGGAGGAGCCUGUAUCUGACAGCAGUGGAGCAGGUAUAGAGGUAAUAGAUGGACCAUCCUGCUCAUAUUCACAAGUUACACCUUUGGAGAAUCCACCCUCGAGUUCUGCAGCACCGUCUGACACUGCGAAAAAAGACGAUUGGAAGACCAUGCCAACCCCUUCCAGGGCUGCUUGGUUUUACAGGGAGGCGAUGCUUCAAAAUCAUGCAUCAGGGAAGCCACUCCGUCUGCAUUUUGACCUUGGAGAUAGCAACUCAGAUCAAGACCUGGCCUUCAUUGCUUUUUAUAAAGCAUGCAAGGUUGAUUGGGCGAGUCCUCUGCAAUGGAGACUUGAAGGUGAUCCUGCUAUCGGAGAGGGAGUAAGCCGCUUCUUGUUUUCCAGAGUCAUGCAGAAGCUGAAAGAUGGGUUUACUUUUAACUUUGGAAAUUCAUGUGUCACAAGGCUGUUUGACGGGGAGGUAGACCACCUUGUACCGUCUUCGUCUGCUUUCCUGGUUGAAAGUGACCUGUUUCUCAUGGCGGGCAGAAUGAUUGGUCAUUGUUUUUUGCAUGGAGGACCUUCAAUGAGCGGCCUUAGCCCUGCUGUCGUUCACAUCCUGUGUGGAGGCACAGUUGAAACUGCCACUAUAGAAAUCAGUGAUUGUCCAGACAUUGAUCUUCGGGAGAUAAUUCAGUUGGUUGAAGGGACCUCUGAACUUACAGCUGAUGAAAAGGAACGUGUUAACACCUUGUGUCUUGCAUGGGACUUUCCCGUGAUGACAAACAAAAACCGAAGAUGGCUCUUUGAGAGGCUUCUACAUCAUGCGGUGAUCGGGCGAGUCACAAGGCAAAUAAAGCAAAUAAGAAAAGGACUUAAGGAAACUAUGGUGUGGCCACUCAUUAGUGGACGUCCAGAUGUAGUGCCAAUCCUUUUUCCAAACGAGUCAAGUGCUGUGUUGACCCCAGAGCGCAUUCUAGAUUGCAUUAGCUGGCCUACCAUGAUUAGGGACGACAAGGAGGAAGAGGAUGAUGAUGAAUGCUCUGUGGAAGACAAGAGCCGCAUCACAGGGUACCUUCGUCAGUUCAUUCAAAAUGCAUCCAGUGAAGAGCUGAAAAUCCUGGUCAAGUUCUGGAUUGGAUGGGAAGCUCCUACCAGUGGCCUUGCAGUGGAAGUGAUUCACAGCAGCCUUCCCAAGUCAUCCACAUGUUUUGAAACCCUCCGACUUCCUGCCCAUUACAAAGAUUAUCAGACAUUUAAGAGGGACUUGAUUGCAUCCAUCAACACAGCAGACACAGGAUUUGGACUGGUGUAACUGGCAGUGUUACUCUUACACCGCCAUCUUACUGAUGUUGGUAUUUUGUAAAAGAGUUCUGUGAUUCUAGGAUGGUGGCAUGCUGUUACCUCUCAUGCUCAAAUGUAUUCAUCAAAUCUUAAAAAUAAGUUCUGUAGAUUGAAUCACACAAAAUAAACUAUUCUGGAUCAGA